UCCGUCAAAUAACACCGUGCGCCUGAACAAAAACAAAAACAAGAAAAACACGCCACAAAAAUACAAAAUCGAAAAAUCAAGUUUAAUUUAUAAGAAAACGAAGAUGCGAACGAAAAUUGAUGACUGGGAGGGAUCUGCAUUGGCGAAUGCAGCAAAAAUAUCGCACCUGGUUAACGAAACCACAAUCGGUGCGACUGUCCAGUCAAAUGUUCCAAUUGAGCCAGUAUCAAACAAUAGCAAUGUGCAGCGAGAGCAGUCUAAAGAUCAGUGGAAGCGCGAUGUUUGGCACACAGUUGAUUUGGAAACAGAGCGAAAGCGCAGCCAUGGAACCGCAUUAAAUCUUAUAGACUGCCGAGCUAUUCAAAAUAAACUGGCAUUGAGAAAUGCUGAAAGAAUGCGCCAAAAGCAGAUUCGGUUGGAAAUGGCUAAGCGUCAGGAUAAAAUAAUUGAGUUGGAGGAUAUGAUGGAAAAUAUGAGACUCUCGAAUCUUGAGAAAUCGUCGAAAAAAUUGCAGAAAAAUUUAUUGGAAAAGGAACAUCAAAUCGUGCAGCUGGUUGAACAGAUGGAAAAAAAUGCGCAGCUAGCCGAAGAGCAAGCCAAGCGCGAAAUAGAAGACCACAGCAGAAAAACGACAGAGAAGAUCAAUCGUUUAAAACGGGUUGAGGAAGUCCGCGGUUAUUUCCAGUCGAUCAAAUCGUUAAAGGACCUGUUCAUCAUAAUUUUCGAGAAGUUUGUGAAAACGUGUAUUUCGAACCAGCAAAAGCUUCCAAAUAUCCAGAAAUACAUUGAGGCUAGGGAACGAUAUUUGCAGCGCUACGAAAACCUAAUAAAAUCGGUCAAUUCCGGAAACAUUACGUCGAGUGAAGUUGAUACGUUGGAAGCAAUUUGCGAUGAAAUCAAAGAGAUGCAGCGCUCUGUUGACGAGGAGGUACAAUCUGCAGAAGAAUUGGAACGCACAAUUGCCGAUCGGAACGAAAAAUUGAGACUUGAAGAGGAGAAGCAACAAUUGGAGCAGCAGCAGCAACAACAGGGACUACAACAGCAACAACAACGUCAGCAAGAAUUACAACAGCAACAAGUUCAGCAACAACAACAUCACCAAGUUCAACAACAACAAGUGCAGCAAAGUAGAUCUGACGUGGACACAGCCGAUGGACCCAGCCAGAUAGCUUCGUUGACCGUUUCGCAUGGAUUUGCUAGCGAUGAUAGACUUCGUCAUUAUCAAUCAACAAUGCAAUUCUACGAAAAGUAUGCAGAAUCCGUAAAACCUCUACAGAAUGACGGUCAAAUGAAAAAAUUCAGAUUCGAUUUAUCGAAAUGUGUCAACAUCCUGGCAAAUUCCAUAUCGUCUGUAACGCCGCGACAUUUACAAGACAAGUACGAUCGGUUUGCACUACUUUUAUCGGGCAAUAGCAUUGAAAUCGGUGGUACUCGCGUCAAUCCUCAGGAGCAUCCGCUAGGAAUCCGAUACGUUAAUUUGUUGGUCGCGAAAAUGUUCGUGAAACAGGCAGAUUCUUCGUUGGCUCUUCUCAAAGCUAAUCCCCAUACCAUUGCAUCUUUGAUUUCGGCACUAUGGCAGAAGUUUCCAGAAUUUGGUACCCUUUUUUUGGCCUAUUUAUAUAAGCAUAGCCCGUUGAUUGUACCAUAUCAUAUACAACGGAGACCGAACCAGUCACAUGAAGAUUAUUUAAAAUCGCUGGGCUAUACGUUCAAGGACAAUGAAUGCGAAGACAAGGUGAACUUUCUAAAACGUCUCACCGGUUUGGUUCGAUUAUAUGCUUCGGUAAUUAUUUCCAAAACACGACGGUCUGCCAACAAACCACAUCCGCACAGCAUCGAAUUUGCCUGGAUUUGGCUGUCGAACGAGCUCAAUUUAGAUCCGAUAAACGACAUUAGUGCAACGAUGUUGUAUGAAUUCAUUGUCAUCACCGGUUCACAGCUGUGGACCACUUAUCAACUUCAGUUUGUAAAGCUGAUGCAAUUAGUUCGAAAUGCAUACAUGCCCAAAUUGAACGAGACCGAUUCGGGUGGUCCGACAACAAGACUAGAAAAUUUGGUGACAAAAAUCUUGAGCGAAAAUAAAAUCGAUCCACCAGAGGAUGUGUUGGCGGACAAUUUCUGGUGAUGAAACCCAAUUCAACUAACUCUUUAUUUUGUUAUCAGAAGAAUGAAAACGCUGGGGAAAUAAAAUUGUUGACGACAAAAUCUCUAGAUUGCAAA